AAGACGAUAUACUCGCCCGUGCAUCGCUCGUUUCCCGAAAUCUGUGGCCAAUCUCCGUGGCCUUUGGGCUAUGCGCCACCCAUUCUAAGCAGAAGACGAAGAAGAAGAAUCUGUGUCAGCCGAACCAUCUAGAGGCCUGGAGCUAUGGCACUUCCAGUCGCAAACACCAUGGUGGGCACGCACAAAGAUGCAGCAGCUGCCCAGGAAACACUGGACAUCAGCUUGAAGAAGGGUCCUGACACGUGUAUGGGCAUGGGCUUCGGAAUGGUGCUCAAGAGAGUCAUCGACGAGCAACGGAGGCAGUUCGUCAUAGUUGAGAAAGUUAGAAAGGACGGCCCGGCGGAAGCGGGUCACGUCCUCGAGGGUGACAUAGUGGUGGCAGUGAAUGGUGAGAACAUCAUGUGGAUGGGAUUGCCUCAAGUUAAGUCUACGAUCGGUAAGUGUCAGAAAAUCGUGCUCACGGUUCUGACCUCGGGUACCUUCCGCCUCUUCGAGCGACACCGAGAGAGACUCGUGCAAAUGGUCGCCUCAGAGACCCUCAAGCUCCGUAACAUGGGGAGCCUACGUGGGUACUACGGUUUCGGGACGUUCGAGCUCCGGACUUCCAACGUCGCCGGACAGAUAAUUCGCUGUCACCUCAUCCUGAAGGUCCGAAACCCGCGGGUGGUGACGCCGGGAAAAGGUAUCUACCCGAACGAUGUCCUGCUGGCGAUAGAAGGUGUCUCGGUGGACAAGAUGGAUACGGCUCAGGUGAAAGCAAAGAUGGCUGGCUGUUGCAGAUCCGAAAUCUCCAUCACCAUCGCACCGAUCUCGCUACUACGCGUGACCAGGCCGCCCUUGAUUGCGUGAAGCAGCGAGAAAGGCAGUGAAGACAAAAUAGCUAUAGCGUCACCUGAAGUUUGCGUUUGUAACUCUGGCGAAGAUUGAUUUAUUUGCGAAUUGAGACUACGAUGGUGUCACGGAGUCUUUGGCACCCCCUGACACCACGUACUCUCGGUCGGUGUCCUUGCGGACAUUCCGCCUGCUUCGAAUGUUCGUGUAAAAAGCGUAAAUAUUUUUAAUUUUGCGCCGCCUAUUAAAAUAAAACGUAUGCAAGUA